CUCAGUUACGUCUGCUUUUGCCUAGGCUUGGGUUGGAUUGCUCGAAGUCUCGAACGCUGGAAACCUGUUUUUGUUUUUUUUAAAUUAAAGUGCAAUCAUACACAGUAAUUAUUUUCUUUUAUUUGGAAAAUGAGCUUGGAACAAACAGCAUGUGAAGACCUGAAAGCAUUUGAAAGACGACUCACGGAAGUAAUACAGUCCAUACAGCCUUCAACAAUAAGAUGGAGAGUCUUGUUGGCCUUUAUUUCCAUCUGCACAGCAAUUGCAGCUUGGCAAUGGCUCGUGGAUCCUGAAACGAUGCAAGUGUCUUUCCUUUACUCACUCUACAAUCAUCUCUUUUUCACAAUUGCAUCUCUGCUACUAGUCAUCUUAUUUGUUUGUGGGAUCCACAAACGUGUCGUGGCCCCUUCUAUAGUGGCAUCUAGAGCCAGACAAGUUCUGACUGAUUUCAACAUGUCUUGCGAUGACACAGGAAAGCUGAUUCUGAAGCCCAGACCCUCAUCGUAAUGUGAUUUUCUUCAUAAAUGACUAAUUAUUCCUUAUUUUGUAACUGGGGGCUAGAGAGAGAGAGAAAAAAAAUAGAAAGCCAGUCUCAUCA